AUGGCCAUAACCACCAACGAAAGCCUUCUCGGUUUCCGCGACAUACCCACAGGCACUCAUUUUCUGUGGGUUCAGCAACCCGGCGCCACAUCCCGGAACGGAUACUGGUAUGUCACCCAGGAACAGAACGGCCGAGUGCACGUUAAGCAAUGGGACCAGUACAACGAAGUCCUCUCCAGCCUCCCGAAUCAGGCCGAGGAACGACGUCAGGCUGAGAACCUUGAGUCCGUAUACCCCAAGCUGAAGCCAUACGACAUGCGUGGUGCUUCCAAGAGUUCUGCCAGAGCCUUGCAGCCGAUGCCGUUCUCGAUUGGUGGCCGGAACGAGUCAUCGUUCACCACAGACCCAGCCAAGAUGUGGCAGCAGCUAACCCACGCCAUAUCCGAGCCAUUCCUGGCCCGAAUCACUGGCAAGAAAUCAGUCGACGCCUGGCUCGUCGACUCGGCCGACUGUGCAGUCGGGGAAUUAUAUCGAGCCCAGUACAAGUCGGUGCAGUCCAGCGAGUUCAACUUUCUCUUCGCCCAAGACUUCAAAGAUCUCGAACUUCUGGACUCCGACCCAACCAGAAGGGACGUCGUCGAGGACACCACCGACCGAGUGUUGGCUCUCCUUCGGAGCACCGACUUUAGCUUUGAUCCGUAUGAGAUCAUCGCCGAGCUGCAGUUCACGUUCCUGACAGGCACGCAUCUGGGCAACCACGCCUGCAUGGAGCAGUGGUGGGAUCUCGUGCUCAAGAUCAUCGUGCGCGCGUACCGUCUCGUUCUCUUCUACCCGGUCCUCACCGUUGAACUGAUCAGGACACUACAUGCGCAGGUUAUGUAUACGGAGGAAUACAUCGAGUCCACCUCGGAAGAAGAGCAGGAGAAGGGCCGCAGUGAGCAUACCAUUGGGCCGAGCCCGGAUAGACCCAUAUAUCUGUUCAACCUCCAGAACAGGCGGUGGUUGAGGACGGCGCUGGCUACGUACGCCAGGAAGCUUGAAGAGGUGUUGAACGGGUUGGGCGAUGCUGUUACUAUAGAGCAGUCGACCGCGAGGGCCAUCUUUGGGGAACUCGAGGCGUGGUUGUUUACUCGUGGAUGGGACCUGGGGUCAUCCAAGCAUGCGAAGGCAGAGGAGGAUAAACGGAAGGAUGAGAUAGGCGAGGAUGAUGACGACGAUGAUGAUAUGCCAGUCGUGGUUGAUUUGGAUGAGCACGGAAGGGAGGUUGGAUUGGUUUCGUUUAAUGACUGA